UCCGCUGAAAGCGAGAGAGCCAGCAGUGCGGGACAAUAGGAAGCUGGUAAAGGAAGGAACCAGAUUUCUCAUUUCCACAUCUAUUAUUUUCUAUUUUUAAAACAUCAGGCUGUGUGUCCAACCAGCGCGCUUACUGUAAUGUUCAAGCAAGGCGGGGCUGACCCCUCCUGGCUCAUUUGGACCGUCCACAAGUAGGACAGUGAGGAGCGCUGCUGCUGCUGCUGCUGCUGCUGUUUUUGUUGUUUUAUCACAUUAGAGACUCAGGCAUGAAUUCAGCCGAGCAGACGGUAAUGCUCAUCACGCUGGGGGUCCUGGAGUCUCCCAAGAAAAGCAUCUCGGAUCCAGAGGCUUUCCUCCAGACGUCCCUGCAGGAUGGAGCGGUGCUGUGCAGGCUGCUGGAGCGACUCAAACACGGGACGGUGGACAAAUUUUUCCAGGAACCGAGGAGCGAGAGCGAGUGUCAGCGGAACAUUACCGAGUUUAUUAAAGGCUGCGGAGCUUUCGGUGUGGAGGCGUUUGAGGUCAAUGACCUCCUGCAGGGACUGAACUUCUCAAAGGUCUUAAACUCCUUGGUCGCUCUCAACAAAGCUACUGAAGAUUUGGGUGUUUCUGAGGACACUGUUUGUGUGCCACACUCCUCACACUUGAGGAUCAAGUCGUUUGACUCUCUGAACACUCAGAGUCGCUCCUCUAAAGUGCUGCAGCCUCAGUACCGCAGCCUGGACAUGUCAGAGGGCAGCGGGAGCGGCCACUUGCUGGUCAAGGCGCGCUUUCCUUUCCAGCAGACCAAUGAGGACGAACUCUCUUUUAACAAGGGCGACAUCAUCAUUGUGAGCCGGCAGGAGGAGGGGGGCUGGUGGGAGGGCUCGCUCAACGGCAACUCUGGCUGGUUCCCCAGCAACUAUGUACGGGAGCUGAAAGGAGGCGACAAGACAUUAGAGAAGCCAAAGACUGGGACACUGAAGAGUCCGCCCAAAGGUUUUGACACCACCAUCAUCAGUAAGACCUACUACAACGUGGUCCUGCAAAACAUCCUGGAAGCAGAGAGUGAAUAUUCGAGGGAGCUGCAGAGUCUCUUGGGCUCAUACCUGCGCUCACUUCACCCCACAGACAGACUCAGCAGCGUUGACAUCGGUCACAUUCAGGGGAAUCUGGAGGAGAUCUCGACUUUCCAGCAGAUGUUGGUUCAGUCCUUGGAGGAGCACACAAAACUCCCAGAGAACCAGCAGAGGAUCGGAGGGUUCUUCCUGAAUCUGAUGCCUCAGAUGAAGAUCAUCUAUGUGGCCUACUGCUCCAACCACCCGUCUGCUGUCAACGUUCUCACACAACACAGUGAGGAACUGGGGGAGUACAUGGAGUCAAAGGGGGCGUCCACUCCAGGGAUACUGACUCUGACCACCAGUCUGAGUAAACCCUUCACCAGACUGGAGAGAUACCCGACGCUGCUUAAAGAACUGGACAGACACAUGGAGGACCAACACCCUGACCGAGCUGAUCUCAUCGCUGCCAUGGUGGAAUUUAAAAACUUUGCAGCUCACUGUCAGGAGGUGAGGAAGAAGAAGGACCUGGAGCUGCAGAUAUUAACAGAGCCAAUAAGAAAUUGGGAGGGGGAUGACAUCAGAACCCUCGGCCCUGUUGUCCACAUGUCGCAGGCCACGGUCCACACGCAGAACUGUCAGGAGUCAAAUGAACGCUACCUCGUCCUCUUCCCUCACACUCUGCUCAUGCUCUCUGCCAGCCUGAGGAUGAGUGGAUUCAUCUAUCAGGGAAGAGUGCCGCUGUCAGGGAUGCUCAUCUCCAGAAUAGAGGAUGGAGAAAACUUGAAGAACGCUUUUGAAAUAUCUGGUGGUCAGUGUGAUCGGAUGCAGGUGGCAUGUAACACUCAGCGUGAUCUACAGGACUGGCUGGACCUUCUCACCAAACACACACACACUCCGGCUGCACACACACACCCGCACAAGCCUCAGUCCGUCUGUCACACAUUGCCCUCUCACCCCGCCACUCCCUCCAGACACUCGGAGUCUCGUGGAGCGAGCACUGGGAACAACUACCACACUCUUCCUCAUCUCUCUUCAUUUGGGACGACUCUCAGCAGCAGCAGUCCCAUGUGGGGCCCCCUGGAGCCACCAAGUACCCCCAAACCCUGGAGCCUGAGCUGCCUUCGCCCUGCGCCUCCACUCCGACCCUCAGCUGCUCUCUGCUUCAAGGAGGAUAUGAGUAAGAGUCCCAAGAACAUGAAGAAGCUGCUCCCUAAGAGGAAGCCAGAGAGGAAACCUUCAGAGGAGGACUUCACUGUUAGAAAAAGUACAGCAGCUCUGGAGGAGGACGCCCAGAUACUGAAAGUGAUUGAGGCCUACUGCACCAGCGCCAAGACACGGCAGACACUCAACUCCAGCUCCAGCAGGAAGGAUGUACAUAUGUUGUUCCCAGAGGAGGAGAAGAUUAUCGUCGAGGAGACCAGGAGCAACGGACAAACUGUAGUGGAGGAGAGGAGUCUGGUGGACACUGUUUACAGUCUGAAGGACGAGGUCCAGGAGCUCAAACAGGACAACAAGAGGAUGAAGAGGACGCUGGAGGAGGAGCAGCGAGCGAGGAAGGAGCUGGAGAGGAUCGUCAGAAGAGUCCUGAAGAACAUGAACGACCCAACCUGGGACGAGACUAACCUCUGAGAUCAAUAUGUAUCUGAACAACGCGGACGAGACCCAACUUCUGACUUUUAAAUGACCAAAAUGUCAUCCAGCCUGCUUGGACAGACGCUGCCAAUCAUGUCUUGACUUGCUUUGACCUUCACAGUGACCUGUGCGUACCAAACAGUGUGGACCAAGAGAAGACUACCUGCCAGGCACCAGCAAAGCCAUCCCAACAGACCGUAAAGCUGUGACGCCAAAUUAGCUGGUAGGCAUGAUGACAUCACUCCCUGUCACGCUCCUUUCCUCUUUCAAACAGCCUUUUUUGGAGCUCUGACAAACAAAUCCAUUUCCUUUAUCUGUCUCCAUGUGUGUUUUUCAUUCCUCUUUAUUGCUCACUUGCAUUAAGUAUGACAUCUCACCAGUAUUUUAUUGACUGGCCUUGUGCACGAAAAAGAACGCUAUGUUGGUUAAAACAGUUUGAAACUUGAAAUAGACGUCACAUUCCUCAUUUCAUUGGCAGCAAUUUAAAUAAACACUUUGUAUUUUAUGAUAAAUGUUACUGUUUUUAACAAAGUAUAAAAUUGCUUUAUACGUUAUAUCAAAUACAAAUUGUAGUAACAUAAAUUUACCAGCACUCUUAAGUGCCAGGAAGAGAUUUAAAGUUCUCUUUGUGGUGUAAACAUUACUGCAGCUAUGAUCAAAAACAUCCCGUUUAACAUUUUGCAACAAGCCAUCAUAUAAGUGAUGGAUCCACUACAUUGCUUAAUAGAAUAUGCAAAAACCUGGCGUGAUUAUUGUGCUUAUUUUUAAGAAUUUAAUAUUUUAGUGUGCGAAUUGUUAUAGAGACGUGCACAAAAUCAGAGAAACUUGAUUUAUUUAUUUUGUGUAUGCAUACAGAUGAUGCUUUGGAGGCUGAAGCUUAAACAUAAAUUAACUAUUGGCAAUGAUUUGCUUUAAUUAACCCUUUAAAACCUGGAUCAAUGUCAGUUUUCCUGCGUUUAGACGCCUUUCACAAGCAGUUUAACCCAUUUAAACCUGGGACAAUUGGUUUGAUUUUUCUGAAAAAAAAAAAACAUUGGGCAAAAAGGCAAUGAUCAACUUUAACCGCCAAAGUAAAAAAAAAAAAUUACUUAGUUGGAAUAAAAGGGAGGGGUUUAGAAAAAUAUUUUUAAAAAUUAGGGAAAAUGUGAGCUUAUCAAAUUAAAAACAUGUCAAUAAUAGUAGUUACUAAAAAAUAAUUAUUGUCAAAGGAAAGCAGGGGAGAGAUUUUCUCAGGAACUGACUUAACCAUCAGGGAGUUUCAUCUUUUCCUGAUUAAUUUCUGUUUAAUCAGUCCUAUUCUCUCUGACAGACACUCCAAGCAAUAUUUAGAAGUUCAGAAAAGUUCAUUUAAAAUUGAGUUAUUUUCAAAUGUAGUUACACUCGUGAUUUACUGUGCAAACUAUCUGAAGACCAGAGACCAGGGCCCACUUGUUCAGGAGUAAUCUGAUCAGAAUUCAGAUGUCAGAUUGGAUAAAAUCUUGAAAAUGGGUUGUUUAAAAGUAAAAAGAAAAAGAUUUUGAAAUCGGAUUAGAUCAUGUAAUCCAAUCUUAGUUUAUAUCAAGAUCAAACCUUCAGUAUGUGUUUGUUAAAACCUUUUAGUAGGAUUGGGUUACCUUUGAUCCAAAAACAUCAGGAUUAUUCUGGUCCUAGCAGAAGGCUGAAUUUCAAGAACUAAAUGUGAUAAAACAGUUACACAUAUACACGUAUAUAUAUAUAUAUAUAUAUAUAUACACAUAUAUGUACAUUUAAUUGUCAUUUUGCACUUGAUGUGUUUAACAGUUACUUUGAGAUAUUAGGCUAUCUUUAAAGCCUUUCAAUACAGUAAAAUAAAUGUAAAGAUGUCCCUUAAAAUAAUACCUCAAGGUUUUUGAACAACUGGGCUCACGGUAGUAUCUGAGUUUUGAUUACAGUAGAUAGAAAUAAAAUCAAGAAUAAUGUAGAAGUAAAACAAGUUACCUCAA